AUGUCAUGGCUAAAAAAGCAUAACCCCCAAAUAUCAUGGGAAAAACAUACACUUGUCUUUAAUUUGUUAUACUGUUCCAAUAAUUGCCUACCUGCACCUGCUGUUUUAGAACUCAAAGCAGUAGAAGAAAUCCCCACUCCCUACCAAGAAUUCUCUAGAGUCUUUUUAGAAGAGGAAUCAUCCAAACUACCGCCUCAUUGUCCUUACAAUAUUGCUAUUGAGUUGCUCCCUGACGCAAAACCCCAACAUGGCCCCAUUUAUAGCCUAGGCCCAAGGGAGGAUGCAGAACUCAAGGAAACUAUUGAAAAGCAACUCAAGGCUGGAUUGAUUCAACCCUCAAAGUCUCCUAUGGCUUCUCCAAUCUUAUUUGUCAAGAAAAAGAAUGGAAAGUUACGCAUGCGUGUGGAUUACCGGCGCUUAAAUAGCAUGACCAAGAAGAAUGUGUACCCUUUACCUUUGCCACAGAAUCUUAUUGAGAAGUUACAAGGCGCCAAGAUCUUUAGUAAAUUUGAUCUUAAAGCAGGGUACAAUUUAGUCCGAAUCAAAGAAGGUGACAAAUGGAAAACAGCCUUCAAGACAAAAUACGGAUUAUUUGAGUACUUGGUCAUGCCUUUUGGGUUAACAAAUGCACCGGCGGUUUUUCAAGACAUGAUGAAUGAAAUAUUCCAAGACCUUUUGGAUGUCUAUGUCAUUAUCUACCUGGACAACAUUUUAGUAUUCUCCUUGAAUGAAAAAGAUCACAAAGCCCAUGUGCGAGAAGUACUAAAGAGGCUACAGGACAAUGAUCUCUUCUGCAACAUCAAAAAAUGCCAUUUCCACGUCAAAAAAAUUGAUUACCUAGGAUUCAUCAUAUUGGAGUCUGGCAUAGAAGUUGAUCAGUCUAAAGUCACAGAUGCAAUGAAUUGGUCGACACCUAAGAAUGUCAAAAAUAUCCAGGAAUUCUUAGGAUUUGUGAAUUUUUAUAGACGAUUCAUCCCCAACUUUGGCAAUAUGGCACGACCCUUGUACAACUUGCUCAAGAAAGACAGUGUUUGGAAAUGGGACUUGGCAGAACAACAGUCUUUUGAGGGUCUGAAAAAAUGUCUUACGACAGCACCAUUGCUUCUACAACCGGAUACCACAAGGCAAUUCUAUGUGGAAUGCAAUGCAUCAGACUAUGCAACAGGAGCCAUACUAUCCCAACGCAACUCUGAAGGGAAAUUGGCUCCAGAAUUGUUGGCGGUCAUUAGAGCAUUUAAAGAAUGGCGCCAUUUGCUAGAAGGAUCUGAAUUGCCAGUCCAAGUUCUAACGGAUCAUAAGAACUUGGAGUACUUUUCCACGUCUCAAUCUUUGAAUAAACGGCAAAUUAGAUGGGCCAACUUCCUAGUGGAUUACAAUUUCCAAAUUAUCUACAGGCCAGGAGCACAAAACAAAAAGGCAGAUAUCCUCUCAAGACGCUAUGAUCUGGUACCCCUUGAAGGGGGGGUAGAGAACCAGGUUCUCCUAAAACCGGAACUUUUUAUUGCAUCCAUAACUCCGGAUCAGGAAAUCAAUGAUCUAAUUGGCAAGGCCAUUUACAAAGAUGAUUGCCUUAAGGAAAUUCUACACAAACUCCAGAACAAGGAAAAGGUCUUAGACUGGGAGUUGAGAGAAGGUUUACUAUGGUUUCAAGGAAAAUAUUUGCACAAUGCAUUAGCGGCAGGACAUCCAGGACAAGCUAGAACAUUAGAACUUGUCUCCAGGAGUUACUACUGGCCAUUGCUGAAAAAGUUUGUCAAUUCUUACGUCAGCCACUGCGAAACCUGCAUCAGGUCCAAGCCAACAAAUCAAUUACCUGUGGGCCUGUUAAAACCAUUGCAAAUUCCUGAACGCCCCUGGGAAGACAUUGCUUAUGAUAUGAUUGUGGGACUACCGGUUUCAGAAGGUUUUGAUGCUAUCCUGACAGUGAUUGAUCAAUUCUCAAAAAUGGUCCACUUCAUUCCCACCCAAUCCACGUUGUCUGCCAUUGAUAUUGCCAACCUAUUUGUCACAUACAUAUGGAAGCUACAUGGCCUCCCCAAAAGCACAGUCUCAGAUAGAGGUCCCACAUUUAACGCCAAAUUCAUUCGUCAUCUCUAUAAAAGGCUGGACAUUAAGCCAACAUAUUCCACGGCGUAUCAUCCCCAGACAGAUGGACAGACUGAACGCAUACAAAGAGAAGCCGAGAUCUUUAUACGAAUGUUUGGGAAUCAUCGCCAAUCAGAUUGGGUAGCAUUACUACCAUUGGCUGAAUUUGCUUUAAACAAUUUAAAGCAAACUUCCACAGGCAAAUCCCCUUUCCAAAUUUGUUAUGGCUAUAAUCCAAGAUUUUCGGUUGGUCAAAAAUCAGACAAGGUAGUUCCAAACGCAGACAAACAUGCAGAAUUUCUAGAAAAAGGAUACAAUGAAGUCAAAGCAGCUCUAUCAUUAUCCCAGGAAAGAAUGAAGUAUUUUUAUGAUCAAAGACAUAAAGACGAAGAUGAAAUUCAAGUAGGAGACAAGGCCUGGCUGAGUCAUCAAAACAUAUCCACAGACAGACCCUCAAUGAAACUCAGCCAUAAAAAAUUAGGACCCUACUUAGUAAUCAAAAGAAUAGGAUCACACGCAUACAAACUUCAAUUACCCCACACUAUGCGCAUACACCCUGUGUUCCAUAUCAAUCUUCUUACUAAAUUUCAUCCUGACCCUCACGGACGCAACCCUCCCCAACCUGCACCCAUUAUCACAAAAGAAGGAGAGGAGGAAUAUGAGGUUGAAAAAAUCCUGGAUAGCAAAUGGAAAGGACGUGGUAAAACAAGGAAACUCUGGUAUCUGAUUAAGUGGAAAGGAUAUGAUGAAGGAAGCAAUUCCUGGGAGCCAAUUGAUAAUGUGGCCAAUGCCAAGGAAGCAAAAGAAGAGUUCCAUAAGGAGUACCCUGAUGCAGUUGGAGCUUGA